AAAGGGGAAGAGCUUGUGGAGUUCAUUGAAGACAUAGAUGGGGCAGAGGGUCAUGAAUUUUACCUUUCUGAUGUGCGAGGAGCCACCAACGGUCCGAUGGAGAACUCUUGAACCAAGAAAAGAAGAUGGUCUCAGCAAAGUGAAAUUUCGGGCUGGAUCUUCCAAUGUCAUCCGUCCCACGAGAGCUCUUAGAUGCUCGCUGGUUUGGAUGUCGGGAAAAGGGUCAGAAAAGCCUCACUGUGAGCAUCGCGGUCGAUGCUUGGAGGCUGGCCUUAACCGGGCGUUUCAGGCUGCUCGACCAGUGGUGCGAGUUUAUGCUAUUACCGAAGAUACCUGGCGACAAGUCCUGGAGUUUAGUAGGGUGGUGCACGAGGAUUUGAGCAAUUACGAUCCAGAAGGUGCUUGGCCUGUUCUUGUCGACGAGUUUGUGGAUCACAUGUACAGAAGCUCGUCAUGCUCUUGCAUUGCGGAAGCCUGCGCUUGCGAUCCGAGUGCAGUGCUGAGCUCUUCGGAAGUUUUGGAUGCUACCUCUCAAUUGAACCGAGCGAAUACACUACCAGGUAUGGCUGCUACCGCCGGUAGUAAGAAAGACGAACGACGAGGUGUUUUUGUCACGACAUUUGAAGCGUCUACUGCUGGAGAAACCUCUGCUCAUGUCCUCCGGUGGGUUUUGACAGAUGAAAGCUUUGUAGUAGAAAAAUUCUUUUCAAUGUAUAGUGGUGCCCGAGCAAGCGAUGAUUCUUUUUUCCGCAUAGCAUUCUUGUGACCGAGAAAAACGUGACAAUAAUAUUAAUUCUCA